AUGCCGUCCCGCGACGCAGCCGAGCUCAAGGCAGAGGGCGCCAUCGAAGCCGCCCAGUCUACCCAGACUCGGGAAGCUGCCGAUGCUGCCCAGAACGAGAUCCUAGAGCAGUCCAAGAGGUCGGGUGUCCCCGCCUUCUCCUUCGACCCGGACGCCUCUGCGGCCGAGAAGCGCGCUCAGGCCCGCAAUGCUAUCCCCGCUGAGCUCCGCAGCAGAGAAAAGGCCCAUGCGAUCGUCUCCGACAUCGAUGACGGAACUGGCCCGGACGAGGAGCUUCCCGAGGCUGGCAAGGGCGGUGCCAUUGAUAUCGCCAACGGCUCCGUCGGGAGACCCCUGGGUGAUGGCGACCCCGAGGCCAAGGAGGAGCCCUUCUCCCGAACCGGCUGGGCUCCCAUGUUCGGUCCUCUGGGCGACAAGGAUGAGGAGUUCCAGAGCCUGCUCGAGCACGCCACAUGGCUCGAGGGCAAGCUUCCCGAUCAAUUCUACGGCGACUGGUACCACAAUGCUGCCAUGGUCGUCUUCGCCUGCCUGGCAUCCUGGCUCGUCGCCGUCCUCGGCGGAGGCCUAGGCUGGCUCAUCAUCGUCAUGGCCUUCUGCUCCACCUACUACAGGACCUCGCUGCGCCGCGUGCGCCGCAACUUCCGCGACGACAUUCACCGUGAGAUGGCCCUCAAGAGGCUCGACACCGACAACGAGUCCCUCGAGUGGAUCAACUCGUUCCUCGUCAAGUUCUGGCCCAUCUACCAGCCCGUCCUCGCCCAGACCAUCGUCAACUCGGUCGACCAGGUCCUCAGCUCCGCCACGCCCUCCUUCCUCGACAGCCUAAAGCUCAAGACCUUCACCCUCGGCACCAAGCCCCCGCGCAUGGAGCACGUCAAGACCUACCCCAGGACCGAGGACGACAUCGUCAUGAUGGACUGGAAGUUCAGCUUCACCCCCAACGACACGGUCGACAUGACGGCCCGCCAGCUCAAGAACAAGAUCAACCCCAAGGUCGUCCUCGAGAUCCGCGUCGGCAAGGCCAUGAUCAGCAAGGGCCUCGACGUCAUCGUCGAGGACAUGGCCUUCUCCGGCAUCAUGCGCCUCAAGAUCAAGCUCCAGCUGCCCUUCCCCCACAUCGACCGCGUCGAGAUGUGCUUCCUCGAGCGCCCCACCAUCGACUACGUCUGCAAGCCCCUCGGCGGCGAGACGCUCGGCUUCGACAUCAACUUCAUCCCCGGCCUCGAGAGCUUCAUCCAGGAGCAGAUACACGGCAACCUGGCCCCCAUGAUGUACGCCCCCAAGACCUUCCCCAUCGAGGUCGCCAAGAUGCUCGCCGGCAACCCCGUCGACCAGGCCGUCGGCGUCCUCGCCGUCACCCUGCACGGCGCCAACGCCCUCAAGAACACGGACAACUUUGCCGGCACCGUCGACCCGUACGUCUCCGUCACCCUCAACCAGCGCAACGAGCUGGCCCGCACCAAGACCGUCGAGGACAACUCGAACCCCCGCUGGAACGAGACCCACUACAUCGUCCUCAACUCCUUCACCGACUCGCUCGACCUCCAGGUCUUUGACAAGAACGAUUUCCGCAAGUCCAAGAUGCUCGGCGUCGCCUCCUUCCCCCUCGAGAACGUCGAGGAGCUCAACGUGCACGAGAACCUGCGGCUCGAGGUCAUCUCGGACGGCAAGGUCCGCGGCAACGUCUCCUGCGACCUCCGCUUCUUCCCCGUCCUCGAGCCCACCAAGAACGAGGAGGGCGUCGAGGAGCCCCCGCCCGAGUCCAACCAGGGCAUCCUGCGCUUCACCGUCCAGCAGGCCAAGGACCUGGACGGCACCAAGAGCCUCGUCGGCAUGCUCAACCCCUACGCCUGCCUCUUCCUCAACGGCAAGGAGGUCCACCAGACCAAGAAGCUCAAGCGCACCAACAACCCCAUCUGGGACAACGGCUCCAAGGAGAUCCUCAUCACCGACCGCCGCAAGGCCAAGCUCGGCGUCUCGGUCAAGGACGACCGCGACCUCGCCGGCGACCAGGACCUGGGCAAGUACCAGAUCAAGCUCGACGACAUGCUCGAGCUGAUGCAGCAGGGCAAGGAGUGGUACCACCUGUCGGGCGCCUCGUCCGGCCGCGUCCACCUGACGGCCCAGUGGAGGCCCGUCGCCAUCUCGGGCGUCGUCGGCAGCGGCGGCUACGUCACCCCCAUCGGCGUCAUGAGGCUGCACUUCAAGAAGGCCACCGACCUGCGCAACCUCGAGGCCUUUGGCAAGUCGGACGCCUACAUGCGCGUCCUGCUCUCGGGCAUCGACAAGGGCCGGACCGUCACCUUCUUCAACGACCUCAACCCCGAGUGGGACGAGGUCCUGUACGUGCCCGUCCACUCGCCCCGCGACAAGCUCACGCUCGAGGCCAUGGACACGGAGAAGAUGGGCAGCGACCGCAGCCUGGGCCUCGUCGACCUCUACGCCGGCGACUACAUCCGGCAGGUCGACGGCGAGUACGUCGCCCACGACCUCAAGGAGGUCCGCGAGGACGGGCUGCGCAUGCACGGAAAGGGCAUGCCCAAGGGUACCCUCACCUACACGGUCGCCUUCUACCCCUGCCUCAACGUCGCCGACCCCGACGACGACGAAGAGGAGAAGGCGGAGGAGGAGGAGGCGGAGGAGGAGGCGAAGCAGGAGGCUGCCGCCGCCGCCGCCGCCCCCGCCGCCGCUGCUGCCGCCGAGAAGCCCGCCACCCCCACUACCCCCACGUCCUCGGCGUCCAACACGUCGCUCGCGUCGGGCAAGCAGCCCGUCGGCAAGAAGGGACCCCCGAAGCUGCGCCUCAGCCCCGAGGAGCUCCUCAGGCACGAGAGCGGCCUGCUCAUCUUCAAGCUCAUGGAGGCCGACAUGCCCGACUCCAACACGCGGCUCGAGAUCUUCGUCGACGACUACCUGUACCCGGCGUACACGUCGUCCAAGGCCUCGAAGAAGUCGCACACGUUUGACGAGAUCGGCGAUUGCGUCAUCCGCGAGCUAGACUUCUCGAAGCUCACCAUCAAGGCCCGCAAGAAGGGUGACGAUUCCGACAAGGUCCUGGCCUCGGUGUCUGGGAACACGCUUGACACGUUGAAGCAGUGCCUGAAUAACCCUACCACGCUCAAGCUCAAGCCCGAGGAUGGCGGCCCGGGGUCCGUCAAGGUCAGCCUCAAGUACAUCCCCAUCAAGAUGCAGCUGGACGCCAGCGAGAGCAUCAAUAAUAUGGGCAAGCUCCGCGUCGACCUGAUCGACGGUGUCGAUCUCCCCGCUGCCGAUAGGAACGGCAAGAGCGACCCCUUCUGCAAGUUCGAGCUCAACGACAAGGAAGUGUACAAGAGCGAGGUGCAGAAGAAGACGCUGAAUCCCAAGUGGAACGAGUCGUUUGACGUAGACGUGCCCUCGCGCACGGCGGCCCAGUUCAAGGUCGACGUCUACGACUGGGAUCUCGGCGGCAGGCCCGACUUCCUGGGCGGGGCCCCCAUCCCGCUGGACAGCCUGGAGCCCUUCAGGGCCACCGAGGUCAGCCUGCCCCUGGACGGCAAGUCGGGAAGCAUCCGCGUGCGCCUCGUAUUCCGACCCGACUACGUGCGCAGGAGCAAGCGCGGGACGGCGACGUUUGGCGGAGGCCCCGGCCGCAUCGUCACCGGCGUGGCCGGUGUUCCCUUCAAGGGCGGCGCCGCCGUGGCGUCGGGCGUCGGCAGGGGUGCCACCUUCCUGCGACGCGGUCUCUUCAGCAAGAAGGACGACGACGCCAUCUCCGAGCGUUCGGUGCCCGUGGUGGCAGCCAACGGCGUGGACGGAGCGGCGGGUGGGGCGGACCAGCAGCCGAUCCCGAGCAUCGAGACGUCGCCGCCGCCGCCUAACGGCAACGGGGCCGGCAACGGCAACGGACAUGCACGGACCAAGAGCUUCGGGUCGGCAUCUAUCCGCAGCAACGCGCCGCCGUCCCCGGGCAGCGGCACGGCCAUCUUCACGGUGGUGGGGGCGAGCGGGUACCCGGCAUCGACUGACCUGUACGUGACGCUGACGCAGCUGUCGCCCCGGGAGAAGACGGUGGGGAAGACCAGGCACCACAAGUCAUCCGACGGCAGCUGGACGUUUGACGAGUCGUUCAAGGUGACGUGCACGCCUGACGUGCCCUUCAAGGUCGAGGUCAAGGGCGAGCACACGCUCCGCAGCGACGACGACCUCGGCGAGCACGCCUACUUUGUCGACGAGUCGGGCUCGGGCAUCCCCAAGGAGCUGAGCGUAGGAGGCGGAACCGUGACCAUCAAGAGCACUUUUCAGCCCGCCGAAGUGUCGGGCUCGUCGCUGACGGAGAGCCCCCGUGCCGUAUCGCGCAGGAGUUUCCUGGGUAAGAGGGAUUCCACUCCCGGACGGAACUCUCGCGAACCCACACCUGCCUAG